CUAGCAUCGCAGAGUUGGUCUCGAGUGCGUUUAUCGAUUCUACGGAAAUUCGAGCAGUCUAAGGAUCUAGAAGCCAGAUAUCUCAUUAAUUUACUUGAUAAUAUUAUCCCAUUGGUUUUGGAUUUUUACCUGAUCAUAUUUCGUAGUGGAAAUUGGGUAGCAUAUAAGGAAGCCAUGUUUCGU